AUGAAACUCUAUCAGUCUAUAUUUGCUUGUAUAGCAUUAAUGACAAUCUUAGUAUUGGGCGGUAAAGUAAGACAUAAUCAAUCGAAUAUUCCUUAUAUUAUAUCUGAUAAUUUAGUUAAUUUUAAUGGUAAUUCAAUUGGUACUAAGAGUAAUCGAAUAUGGAACUUAUCAACUAGGAUAACAGAAGAUUCUAUACAACAAUUACUUUUCAAGCAUAAGAUUCCUGGAUUUGAUUAUGAGAAGUUUCUAUAUAACAAAGUUAAACAUACAAGGAUAGCUUUGGCAUUUUCAGGAGGAGGUUUUAGAUCUAUGUUAUUAGGUGCUGGAGUAUUACAAGCUUAUGAUAUUAGAAGUCCAAAUUCAUCUAAUAAUUUGGGCGGUUUAUUACAAGCCACUUCAUAUAUUGGCGGUAUAUCAGGAGGUUCUUGGUUGGUCAUGAGUAAUUUUAUUGGAGAUUUCCAGCCUAUUUUUCAAGUAAAGGAUGAUUCAAAACUGUGGGGUAUGAAUAAACAAUUACUCGAAGGUAUACCGAGCUUCAAUCCAAGCACUUUUCAGGAGAACAUUGUUUUAGAAGAAGAAAACAUAGACUCACCAGAAACUAUUCAACUUAAUGAUAAGAAAGUGGUAGAAGAAGAAGGUAAAGGAAGUGUCAUAAAUGGAAUCUUGGGAUUAUUUGGGAUUAAACCCGAUAUGACCAGCAAUCAAGCAACUAAACCUAACAAUUUAAACUUAAACAAGAAAGCAGGUAAUUCAACUAACGUAGAAACUUUCUUUAUUUCACUAGUGAAAUCAUUCUUUUCUAAAUCAAAUCAGACAGUAGAGAAACUGAAAGAGGAAAAAGGGACCUCUUUAAAGGAAAUGUUUUCAUAUUAUAAGGAGUUACAAAUUGAAGUUAGAGAUAAAAGGAAAGCUGGCUUUCACAUUUCUUUGACUGACUACUGGGGUAGAGCUCUUGCAAGAAGAAUAUUUCCACAAUCUGCUCGUACACCAGGUGCAACGAUUACAGCCGGCACGUUGCUACGGUCUUUUCGAAAUUGGGAACAACCUUUUCCGGUAAUAUGUUCAAUUGAGAGGAGUCCAUUAGGUACAGAAUCAAGUAAAGAUUCACAUUUAUUUGAAUUUACACCUUUUGAGUUUGGAUCUUGGGAUUCUUACUUGAAUGCUUUCAUACCCAUAAAGUAUCUUGGAUCAAGUCUAUUGAACGGAGUGUCCACUCAUAAAACUGAGAAUGAAAAUAUUUCUAUUUGUAUAUCUGGGUUUGAUAGUGUUUCUUUUGUAACAGGUACAAGUUCAUCUUUAUUCAAUCAUGUAUUUGUAUAUCUUUACAAAUUGUUAGUUGAUGUCAAACUGGACGCAACUAUCGCUUUAGAGUCAAUUCUAAAAGCAUUUGGAUUAAGUUCUGAGUAUCGUCGACUAAAAAACCCAAGAGUUCAUCCUGAUUAUGCAUUAUACUCUCCCAAUCCCUUUUAUGGUUUAACAGAUGUCCCAUUCAAUGGAGCAAGAAUAACUGAAAGUCCUGAUAUUUAUUUAGUUGAUGGUGGAGAUGAUGGUCAAAAUAUACCAUUUCAACCAUUUCUACAAAAAUCAAGAGAAAUUGACUUACUUUUAACUUAUGAUAUGACGGCAGAUCUUAACAAUUAUCCUAAUGGAACUACAAUUCAAGCUACAGUAGAUCGAUAUCAUAAUAAUAAGUCUCUGAUAUUACUACCAUAUUUUACUCUUCCACCUACAUUGUUUCUGUUUCCUUCGAAUACAACUACUUUUAAAGAUAAAAACUAUAAUUCUACUCAGAAUAAAAAAUCUGUAUUGCCAUAUUUCCCUACUCCUCAAGAAAUAGUGGAAGAUAAUUUAAACCAAAGACCCAUAUUCCUAGGAUGUGAUUUACAAACCGAUUAUCCAACCCUCCAAUUAAAUCAAAAUUUGUCAUUAAAUUCACCAGGUAUUGAAAAAAAUUACUACGAACAUUUCUUACCUCCAUUAAUUAUCCAUUUUUCAAAUGCCGAUUAUUCUUAUAAAUCUAAUACUUCAACAUUUCAAUUAAGUUAUACUAAUGAAGAAAUGCAUAAUAUGAUUGAAAAUGGUUCUAAUAUAGCUACAAACAUGAAUUCUUCAUAUUUUACUACAUGUAUGAAUUGUGCUAUACUAAAGAGAGAAUUUGACAGAAUACAACUAAAUAUCAAUCCAAAUUAUAUAGAUAGCAAUUUUGCAAUUCCACUGUUUUGCCUCACGUGCUUUCGGGAAUUCUGCUGGCACCGUUAA